AUGGCAGUGGAGCUGUGGGGCAGGACCCCCGACUUGCCGCAGUCAGAAGGGAGCUGGGACCCCUUCCUCCUUCCCAGCCUGAGCCACCCCUCUGGGCUUGGCCAUGGCAACCCCUUCCUGGUUCUGCCAUGUGUGGGGUGUCCGGCUGGGCUCCUGGCCCCUGCCCCCUUUCCUUGCCGCCAGUGGGGAGCAGAGAAGGCAGCUCUUCCUGGAGAGACAUCUCUGAGAGGGCGGAGAGGCAGUCCACCUCCCGAGUUAAUGCCUAACUUGCAGGCAGGGUGUGUCCGGCCAGGAGCUCAGGGACACUUGGGAGAUUCCAGCGCUGACAUGGCACCCCCCCAGGUUUGCUCAGGGCAGGGAAUGGGGCUGGGGGGCUGGAGGAAGAGGGAAGGGUGGGCGCAGGGGGGAGAGAGGGCACCCCACUUCCACCCCAGGGCAGACUCUCGCCCUCCAGCAUCAGAGGCAGGAGACUGGGGUGACUAGGCGGGGAGGGGAGGCCUGUUGCCUUUGCACCCCGUUCCUGGGCUUCUGAAGGGGCGUCUGGUGGGCUGGGAGGCUGGACUAGAGGGGCCCCUUUGGGCCUGAUCCAGCCCCUGCUGCAGAGGCGCAUGUGGCUCAGGCUUUGGAGCUGAGAUUCCCAGAAGUGGCUGGUGGUCUCUCGGGUGGGGGGCAGGUGUCCCCUCCCCAAUGUGUCCAGGGGUCUCGGGGUCUCUCCCCUGUGUGUCUUUACAGCUGUGUGUUUCUGAGACAUUCUCCUUAGAUGUGCAGGAAAGCCCUUAUGUGUAUGGGGGGGGGAGAACGCCCCCACAGCUUGGUUUUUUUCAGGGGGUGGGAGUCUCAGCCAAGAGCCUUCCAUUAAAAGGUCUCUGCCCUGGUCCAGGCAACAGAAGGCAAGCAGCUGGGAGCCUGGGGAGGGGGCAGAGGGGCAUUUCUCUCUAAAUAAUUUUUAUUUAUUUUCCAUUUAAUUAUAUACGUUCACAUCAUCAUUAUCCACUUUACCGCCCUGGCUCUUUAGAGCCUAUCAGCUUCCUUCCCUCCCGCCUCGUGGCUUUCAAAAUUAAAUUUAUAUCAUUUUCCAAUUCUAAUUGCACUCAUUACAGAAUGACUCAAAAUUUAAACAGAUGUAGAAAGGUAGAAAAUUUCUCAUUACAAGUCUUCAGACAACCCUGCUAGCGAUGUUAAUUGCUUACAAUAAUCUUUCAAAUAUCGUAUAAAUUUACUCCAGUCCUUUUGGAAUACUUGAUCAUGCCGGUUUUGGAUUUUUCCUGUCAGCUUCGCCAGUUCCACAAACUCCAUCAUCUUCCUCUGCCCCCUUCUUCCGUUGGUAUUUCUUGUUGUUUCCAUUUUUGGGCUAAAAUAAUUCUUGCUGCGGUUGUUGCACACAUAAACAGUCUUUUAGCUUCCCUUGGUAUCUCUUCACCCAAUAAAAAGGCUUCUGGUUUUUAACAAAACUAUUUUUAAACAUUUUCUUUAACUCAUUAUAUACCAUUUCCCAGAAAGCCUUUGGGGCCAGAGGGGCAUUUCAGUCCUCCUGGCGGAGAACUAGAACUCGGAGCCGGCUUAGCAAGCUCACGCCCAGAGGAGGAGACCCAGCGCUGCUCUCUCAGGGCACAAGGCACACCGGGCAGCUUCCAGCCCCCUGCCCAGCUGGACAUCCUCAAAACCAAUCCCCAGCCAUCCUGAAUUUUGUCAAGCUCUCAGUAAGAGGUGACAUGUUAGAAGUCUCUAAAAUUACACAAGGCGUGGACAGAGGAAAGUUGCUCUCCCUCCUCUUUCCUAACACUGAAACUUACAGACAUCCAAUGAAGCUGAAGACGGAGGAAAGAUGAAAUAAAUUGCUUCUCUAUGCAGUGCAGUGUUAACCUAUGGAACUCACCCCCUCAGGAGACAGUGAUAACCACCAAGCUAGAUGGCUUUAAAAGAGACAGCAGUGCUUCUGAAUGCCAGUUGCUGGAAACCACAAGAGAGGAGAGGACUCUGGUGCUCAGGCCAAUAUAAUAAUAAUAAUAAUAAUAAUAAUAAUAAUAAUAAUAACUUUAUUAUUUAUACACCGCCCAUCUGGCUGAGUUUCCCCAGCCACUCUGGGUGGCUCCCAAUCGAGCGUUAAAAACAAUACAGCAUUAAAUAUUAAAAACUUCUCUGAACAGGGCUGCCUUAAGAUGUCUUCUGAAUUUCAGGUAGUUAUUUUUCUCUUUGACAUCUGGUGGAAGGGUGUUCCACAGGGCGGGUGCCACCACCCAGAAGGCCUGGUUUCCUGUAGCUUUGCUUCUCGCAGGGAGGGAACCUCCAGAAGGCCCUCGGAGCUGGACCUCAGUGUCCGGGCAGAACGAUGGGGGUGGAGACGCUCCUUCAGGGAUACUGAACUGAGGCCGUUUAGGGCUUUCAAGGUCAGCACCAACACUUUGAAUUGGGCUCGGAAACGUCCUGAGAGCCAAUGCAGAUCUCUCAGGACCGGUGUUAUGUGGUCCCGGCAGCCACUCCCAGUCCCCAGUCUAGCUGCCACAUUCUGGUCUAGUUGUAGUUUCCGGGUCACCUUCAAAGGUAGCCCCACGUAGAGCGCAUUGCAGUAGUCCAAGCGGGAGAUAACUAGAGCAUGCACCACUCUGGGGAGACAGUCCGUGGGCAGGGAGGGUCUCAUCCUGCAUACCAGAUGGAGCUGGUAGACAGCUGCCCUGGACACAGAAUUGACCUGCACCUCCAUGGAAAGCUGUGAGUCCAGAAUGACCCCCAGGCUGCGCACCUGGUCCUUCAGGGACACAGUGACCCCUUUCAGGACCAGGGAGUCCUCCACACCCGCCCGCCUCCUGUCCCCCAAAAACAGUACUUCUGUCUUGUCAGGAUUCAACCUCAAUCUGUUAGCUGCCAUCCAUCCUCCAACUGCCUCCAGGCACUCACACAGGACCUUCACCGCCUUCACUGGUUCUGAUUUGAAAGAGAGGUAGAGCUGGGUAUCUUCCGCAUAUUGAUGGACACCCAGCUCAAACCCCCUGAUGAUCUCUCCCAGUGGCUGCAUUCAGAUGUUAAAAAGCAUGAGGGAAAGGGCAGAACCCUGAGGCACCCCACAAGUGAGAGCCCAGGGGUCUGAACACUCAUUCCCCACCACCACUUUCUGGACACGUCCCAGGAGGAAGGAGCGGAACCACUGUAUGACAGUGCCCCCAGCUCCCAGCUCCUCUAGGCGGUCCAGAAGGAUGUUAUGGUCGAUGGUGUCAAAGGCCGCUGAGAGAUCUAGCUGUUUGAAAGCAGGCCGGUGCAAGUAGAUAAAUAGGUACUGCUGUGGUGGGAAGGUAAAUGGCGUUUUCAUGCGCUCUGGUUUCCGUCACGGUGUCCCAUUGCACCAGAAGUGGUUUAGUCCUGCUGGCCACAUGACCCAGAAAUCUGUCUGUGGACAACACCGACUCCCUUGGCCUGAAAGCGAGAUGAGCGCCGCAACCCCAGAGUCGCCUUCAACUGGACUUCACCGUCCAGGGGUCCUUGACCUUUUAACAGGCAUCCCGUCAGCCACUGUGAGACCAGGAUUAGAUGGGACCCUGGCCUGAUCCAGCAGGGUCUCCUCAUGUUCUUGUGGGUGGGGGUGCAGACCCUCCAAAUGUCCCAAUUUUCCAGGGACAGCCCCGGAAUUACAGAAGCUGUCCCAGUUUCUGAUUUGAUCCCGGAAUAUCUUGGUUUUCCUUUUUUCCUCCUCCUCCUCCACAGAGAACAAUUCAAAGUGGUGGCUGGGUGUGUAGGUGGGAAAGUGGAGUCCUGUUUCUCCUGAAAAUAACUUCCGUGCUCCAGAUGAAGGAAACGCUCAUUCUCAUAGUUUCCAUUAGUGUUAUUAAUAUAUUCGACCUUUUCCCCUGGCAGCCUCAAGGCAGCUCACCACUACAUUUUCAUUUCAUUCCAUUUAUCUGUGGAAGGUGUUGUACAUGAUCACUUCGCUCGCACAUUUUUCCUUUACAACAACCCUGUGAGGGACGCAGAGAGGCAACAGAUCGCUGUGUGUAUAUGAUCAAAGGCAGAAGAUGCUUCCUGAUGUAGAAUGGGGUGUCCCUGUUAUCACCGGAGACAGGUUGGAGGGCAUGGAGGUGCCCCCUCACUCCUGGCCUGGCCCAGAGGCGGAGAGCUGAGCAGAGCUUUGAGGGCUCCUUUGAGGGCAUCCAAUUGGUCCCAAGCGGAGUUUCAUCUGCCUGCCCAGCCAGGGCCAGAUCUGUUUCUGACAGGAGGCGCUGGGACUUAGCCCCCCCCCCCGUAAAACCCCUUCCAGAUCCCUGGAAGGUGCCACCUGGUUGCCCCACAGCUCUCGUGCUUCUGACAUGCUCAGAGGCACCCUCUUCUCCUUUGCUACCUCGUAGGCAGCUGCCUUCAGCCAAGUCAAGCCUCUUGGUCCACAUAGCUCAGUCUUGUCCACACUGACCGCAGCAGCAACAGCGCUCCCAGGGUUCCAGGUAGGGGGCAGUUCCUGGCCCUGUGACCUGGCAACCUUCGAGAUGCCAAGAAGGUGCUCUGUGCCUGAGUGACCGCUGGCCCUUCCUUUGGGCUGACUUGUGGAAGUCUCCUGCGCCGUUUUCUGUCUCAGAAUAAACCCUGGAGGAGCUGGCCAGGCUGAGACCACGAAUCGUGGCUGCCUCUGUGGCCCUGGUACAUCAGCCUGGCAUCUGCCACUUGCCUCAGGGUUGCCCCAAGCCACCUGCUGGCAUACAGGUGCCUCUUGGGGUGGAGAGAGGAUUUGCUGUGUCUCCUGGGUCACCCCUGCCUUGCCUUUCUCUCUGUGGUGGUGGGUGUUUUAGGACAAGUUAGGGGUUGGACUAGAUGACCCCGGGUCCCUUCCUAUUCACAAUGCUCUGAUUCUGCGAUAUGACUGAAUGGGCAAAGUGUUUAGCUCCACUAAACGCCCCCCCUCCCUUCCCACUCCUAUUCCAUCAGCGAUGGAGUUUGCCCCCCCUGCUCCCCCCCCGGUCCAGGACGGAUGCCCCCCCCCCCCCAGCUCCCCCCACUUUGCUUUGCCCUCCCCCUCCCCCCACCCUGCAUUCUCUGGGGAGAAUCCUGCGCUUGAGUGAAAGGCGCUGGAAUUGGGCUGGUUGCCCUGGCAACAGGUUGGCAUCAUGUUUGGUGGAGGAGCUCAGAGGGCAGGGAGCUAGCGGCGCGGCAGCCAUGCCCAAGCGAGGAUGUUGGCACGCCCCCCUGCCCCCCUCCCCCCUCCCACAGAAACUGGGGUGACUCAUUCGCCCACCAGCCCCUCACUCGGCAGCUGGAGCGGCGGCAGAGCGGAGGCAGCCGGGCGCUUGGCAGCGCUUGAGAGCUGGGCUACAGGUGCCGCCUUGGGGAGGGUGGCACGGAGUGUGGGGCAGGGGUCUUGGGGACUGUGUGGGGCGCUCUGGGUGCUGGCGGGACGGAGAGAGCCUGUGGGGCGCUGCUGCUGGAGACUCCCACGCCCCAUACCUGGCUGGGUGUCCCAGAGAUUCCUGGGGAGAUGAGGGUCCCUGGCAUAAAUGGUGCCACUGCCCCCCUAGCUGGCAUCAGCGGCAGUGGGGAACUACUGGGGGGGGCGUCUUCUUCACCCUCCCCAGCACUCUUCUGUUUCCUGACAGCCUCGAAGAAAACGGAGUUGA